ACCAUGAAAGAAUUGUUUUGAAGUAAAAGGGAUAAAAAUGGAGAAAGAAAGACAGCCGUAAACUGGUAAAAUCCCGGUGGCAGUGCGUUCGUACGACCACCGUCACACUCACUGUCUCAUUCACUCUUCUUUCUCCUUCUCCUCAUUCUUCUUCCUUGACGAGCUUCUUUGCUUUCUCCAUUGUUCCAAUACCAACCGCCAUCGAUAACCGUUAACGAACGAAAGAACCAACCAACCCCUUCGAAUUGGGAAAGAGCUUCUACGGCAGCCGCCCAUUUGCCUGUCUAACAUAUAGAAUCCCUCCAUUAUCGCUUUCGAAUUCGAUAUUAUUCCGCCCCUUCUCAGAACCCUAGAAGCUUGCGUCGCGCCCGACGCCCGAACCCCUGCUUGUUGUUUGCUUAUUCAUCUCUGUGGGGGUUUAGGGCUGGUUGCGCUUCUGUGAUUGUUUGGCUGGUUUCGAUUCCUUGGCGCCAUGAAACGUGGGUACACGGGUUCUCCGUCCAACUCUGGCGGUCCUCCUAAAUCCAGAUUGAAGCACACCACUGAAGGUGAUACCGACUAUUCCGAGGAUGUUGUGCAGAAAGUGGCGGCCCAUUACAGUGCAAGGACAAAUCAGAGUCUGGCAGAGCGAGAAUCGAGUCCAAUUAUCCAUUUAAAGAAACUUAACAACUGGAUAAAAAGUGUCUUAAUCCAACUGUAUACUCGUAGAGGGGAUGCUGUUCUUGAUCUGGCUUGUGGAAAGGGUGGAGAUCUCAUUAAGUGGGAUAAAGCAAAAGUAGGAUAUUAUGUUGGUGUUGACAUCGCUGAAGGCUCGAUCGAAGAUUGUCGGACCCGUUAUAAUGGUGAUGCCAAUCAUCAUCAAAAUCGUAAGAAGUUCUCAUUCCCAGCUCGUUUGAUAUGUGGAGACUGCUAUGAGAUUCGCUUGGACAAGGUCCUUGCUGAUGAUGCCCCUUUUGAUGUCUGCAGCUGUCAGUUUGCCCUACACUAUUCGUGGUCUACUGAGACACGUGCACGGAGAGCGUUGGCCAAUGUCUCGGCCUUACUACGUCCUGGGGGUACUUUCAUUGGAACAAUGCCAGAUGCUAAUGUUAUCAUAAGAAAACUCAGAGCAUCUGAUGGGCUGUCCUUUGGCAAUAGUGUCUACUGGAUUCGUUUUGAAGAAGAUUAUGCAGAAAAGAGCUUUAGCUCAUCUUCUCCUUUUGGUAUCAAGUACCAGUUCCACCUAGAGGAUGCUGUAGAUUGUCCAGAAUGGAUUGUGCCUGUUGAUGUGUUUAAAGCGUUGGCAGACGAGUAUGAUUUAGAGCUAGUUUUUGCGAAGAAUGCACAUGACUUCGUGCAUGAGUACUUAAAGAAACCAGAAUACGUCGACCUAAUGCGGCGGCUUGGUGCUUUGGGGGAUGAUCGAGACAAGAGCACCCUAUCGCCAGAUGAAUGGGAAGUAGCAUACUUGUACCUUGCAUUCGCCUUGAGAAAGCCCUAUCCUGAUAUGAGUGCUAGUUUAUUUUUAAGUGAGCUCAUGAGCACCAAAAUCCUGGAACAGUAUGCACGAGCUCUAAAUUCUCGAGGAGUAGCCAACAACAAUAUACCAAUGGAUGAAAUAUUAGACGAGGACACAGAGUUAGCAGACGAGAAAACUCCAAUGGGAUCAUUCUCACAACUUCCAUUGCAGUGGCAACAACAACCUCCUUCUGCUCCUUCUCCUCCUUGUGCAGAGCCGCCAUUUGCCCUACCUUCUUCACCAAGCCAACAACUUUCACCGCCGACAUUAUCUGGUAUUCCGGCUAGCGAUCCACCACCUACUCCCAGCCCACCUAUUUCCCAACCUGGACCGAUAACACAAAUUCCAAACCCACCCGACUCUCCGCUCGGCCCACCAACACAAAUUCCAAUCCCGCCUAUCUCUCCGCUAGGCCCACCAACUGAAAUCCCAAGCCCACCUAGCUCUCAACUCGGCCCGCCAAUACAAAUCCCAAGCCCACCUAACUCUCAACUCAGCCCACCAACACCAACACAAAUCCCAAGCCCACCCAACUCUCAGCUCGGCCCACCAACACAAACCCCGAUCAGCCCACCGGCCCACAACCCUUCCGUCCCGAUCGUCUCUCCCGGUCCACCGUCGCCGCCGUCUCAAACGAAGCCCGGGUCCACCGUAUGGUGCGUGGCGAAGCCCUCGGUAUCGGACUCGACGCUCCAACGGGGUUUGGACUAUGCUUGUGGGAUGGGAGCGGAUUGCAAGAUGAUCCAGCCCAGUGCGCCUUGCUUCCAGCCCAAUACUGUCUCGGCCCACUCCUCCUUCGCUUUCAAUAGUUACUGGCAGAAGGCCAAGGCUGCUGGUGGGACUUGUGAUUUUGGUGGGACUGCCAUGCUGGUCUCCAUUGAUCCAAGGGGUUUGAACAAGCAUCCAGAACCGCAGAAGAAAACAAUGGCCGCCGGAGGGGAGAACAAGAGCCGGCGAGCUCUAGGCGACAUCGGGAAUCUGGCAGCAGGCAUCGUCCCUGAAAUCCCCGGGAAGCAGAUCGCUCGCCCAGUCACCAGGAGCUUCCGCGCUCAACUUCUGGCCAACGCCCAAGCCGCCGCCGCCGCGGAUAACAACAAGAAGAAAAUCUGUGUCAAUGUCGAUCACAAGAAGAAGGCGCUUGUAGCGACGAAGAGACCAACAGCCGCCGCCGCCGCUGCUGCCGUACCCAAACAGAAGCCGAAGCCGCCAGUCACCAACGAAGAAGUAAUCGUCCUUAGCUCUGAUUCGGAGGCCAAGAGUAACAAGAAGAAGUGUCAAGAAAAGUCGAAGAAGAAGAACAAGAAGCUUCAGACCCUCACUUCCAUCCUCACAACCUCCAGCAAGUUAGCUUGCAAGCCAAAAGAGAAGGAAGUCUUCAACAUCGAUGCACCAGACGCCGGUAACCAUCUCGCCGCCGUCGAAUACGUCGAGGACAUCUACAAAUUCUACAAGCUCGUGGAGAAUGAGAGCCGGCCGAUUUGCUACAUGAAUUCACAGCCGGAGAUCAACACUCGGAUGCGAUCCAUCCUCGUCGACUGGCUCAUCGACGUCCACCAGAAAUUCGACCUCUCCAGAGAAACCCUGUACCUCACAAUCAACAUCAUCGACCGUUUUCUCUCCGUGCAAACCGUCCAGAGGAAGGAGCUACAGCUCGUCGGAAUCAGCGCCACUCUGAUGGCAUCCAAGUACGAAGAGAUCUGGCCGCCGGAGGUCAACGAACUGGUCAACAUCUCCGACAGAGCCUACUGUGGUCAGCAGAUUCUAGCCAUGGAGAAAACCAUCCUUGCCCACCUCGAAUGGACCCUCACAGUCCCCACCCAGUUCGUCUUUCUCACCCGAUUCGCCAAAGCAGGUGCGGCGGUCUUCGCCGCCUCCACAACUCCGGUGCAUGAUGUGAAGGUGGAGCACAUGGCGAACUACCUGUCGGAGCUCGGCCUGAUGGACUAUGAGUGCUCGGUGAUGUUUCCCCCCUCAAUGGCGGCAGCGGCGGCGGUCUACGUCGCGAGGACGGUGAUGAACCGGGCUCCCGGCUGGACCGAUGUGCUGGAGUUUCACACAGGGUACUCGGAGAAGGAGGUCAGGGAUUGCGGCAGGGUAUUGGUGGAAUUGAUCGGGAAGGUUAAGGAUGGAAAGUUGAAAGCGGUGGCUCACAAGUAUUCCAGCUCGUCGAAGGGAUCUGUCGCUCUGAUCCCAGUACCGUCGCCGGCGGCCAACUCGCUGCCGUGACUUUGAACUGAAUUGCGGAUGGGAAAUUUGGGGGUUAGGGAUUUUGAUCAAUUUCUUGGAUUGAUUGCUUUUGAUUUGCCAAACAGACAGUUGGCAUUUGGCAAGUGGUUUUUCCUUUAGGCACUGAAUUGUAGUAGUUUGAUUUCCUACUGAUCAAAUUGUAGUUUGUAAUGGCUGACGAUGAAAUAAGAAUUGGGCCUGGAGUUGUGAUUAAGCGAUUGGGCUCGUGACAGACACUUACAGGCAGUUUGGACGGUCCAAUAGUCAAUCUUUGCAUGAAGUAGAGGUUGCAAUUUGCAAACUAAUUGGGGUACAUUCUUUUGUA